UCCCUUUCUUUCUUAUUUUCUAUCUCCAUGGCCGCCGUUGCCACCACUUUUCUUUCUUCCAUUUCUAUCUUCCGUUCUCUUGAAACCUGACGCCGCCGCGAAAACUGCCGUCAUUUGCAGCAGCCCACCAUCUAUUGGUCACUUGCCGUCAAGCGCCCAAGAAGCAGCGAGCGAAGAAUUUCAUACCCACAACAGGAUUCGUCAACCACCAUUGGUGGAGACUUGGAGCUAAGCUGUCUGGCUCAGGACACCAUUACAUUAAAACGUAGCUAUCCCAAACCCUGGUGGUACGCCGAGGGACGCUGUAAUCUCUUCUGAUGGCGGAUCUCACUCAGCAACUUCUCUCGCCGAGGGACGAAGAGAAGCGGAGCCACUCGCCGGAAUCUCGCAAAAGAGAAACCAAGGCCGCCACCUUCUCUCCCGGCGCCGACGACAUCCCUCCGAUCAACAGCGUCCGCGAUUUCUACAGAGAGUUCUGUGUGGAAGUAAGGAAGCUUUGGUACCUGGCAGCCCCUGCCGUGUUUACGUCCAUUUGCCAGUACUCCUUCGGCGCCAUCACUCAACUCCUCGCCGGUCAAGUCAGCACCAUCGCCCUCGCCGCGGUCUCCGUCGAAAACUCCGUUAUCGCCGGCUUCUCCUUAGGAAUCAUGCUUGGCAUGGGAAGCGCGCUGGAGACGCUGUGCGGGCAAGCGUACGGCGCCGGGCAGCUGGAUAUGCUGGGAAUCUACAUGCAAAGGUCGUGGAUCAUCCUGCUGACGACGGCCGUGAUUAUGACACCCGCAUACGUAUUCGCGGCGCCGCUUCUGAAGCUGACCGGGCAGACGGAGGCGGUGUCGGAGGCGGCGGGGGUGAUGUCGGUGUGGAUGAUACCGCAGCUGUACGCGUACGCGGUGAAUUUUCCGAUCUCGAAGUUCCUGCAGGCGCAGAGCAAGAUGAUGGCGAUGUCGGCGAUAGCGGCGGUGGCUUUGGUUCUGCACGCCUUCUUCAGUUGGCUGCUGAUGCUGAAGCUGGGGUGGGGCCUGGCGGGCGGCGCCGUGGUCUUGAACGCCACGUGGUGGUUCGUUGUGGUGGCUCAGCUGGUUUAUAUAUUCAUGGGGAGUUGUGGGCGAGCCUGGUCUGGUUUCUCGUGGAGGGCGUUUCAGAGUCUUUGGGGUUUUGUCAGACUCUCGCUGGCUUCCGCUGUCAUGCUUUGUUUGGAGAUAUGGUAUUUUAUGGCUCUGGUGCUGUUUGCUGGAUAUCUGGAGGACGCAGAAGUUUCCAUUGAUGCCUUGUCCAUAUGCACGAAUAUCUUGGGAUGGAUGGUGAUGGUCGCUUUUGGAAUAAACGCAGCCGUAAGUGUUCGAAUCUCGAAUGAAUUGGGUGCAGCUCAUCCCAGAACAGCGAGAUUUUCGUUGGUGGUGGCUGUAAUAUCGUCGUGUCUGCUCGGUCUCAUGCUUGCAUCGAUUCUACUCAUCACGAAGAACGAUUAUCCAUCCUUAUUUUCGAACGAUUCAGCUGUGAGACAAAUUGUGAAGAAGCUAACUCCUAUGCUUUGUUUCUGCAUAGUGAUCAACAAUGUGCAACCCGUUCUAUCCGGAGUGGCCGUUGGAGCUGGAUGGCAAGCCGUUGUAGCUUAUGUGAAUAUUGGUUGUUACUAUGUGUUUGGGGUUCCUUUGGGCUUGCUAAUGGGUUACAAGUUUGAUUUUGGUGUCUCGGGAAUAUGGUCUGGAAUGAUGUGUGGAACCAUAAUACAGACAUGCAUAUUGACAGGGAUGAUUUAUAGAACCAACUGGAACAAAGAGGCCUCUGUUGCUGAGGAUAGAAUCAGGAAGUGGGGAGGGGACUCUAUUUCCUGAUACAACCACGAAAAUUCACAUGAAGGCAAAGCCAUAAACCGUGCAAAUGUGCCAUAGGCAUUGGUUUUGCGGGUGUGUCUGUUUUGUUUUUUAAAUUUUGUUUUCAUUUGUAAUUUCUGAGUUUGAGAUACAUUUAUUCAAAGGUUGAGAAAUAUAUGGAAGCUUUCUAGUCAUUCUUUUGUCA